AUGGAAGAAUUAUGGGUGGUUAUGGGCGAUUUCAAUGCAGUUCGAUGCCCAGAAGAGCGUUUCAAUACAUAUUUCAAUGCAGGUUGUGCUGAGGCAUUUAAUGACUUCAUUGAUGACAACGACUUGUUGGAAUACCCUAUGGGAUGUAGAAAAUUCACAAGGGUCUCUGGAUCGGGAGACAAAUUAAGCAAAUUGUAUAGAUUCUUGGUCUCUCCCUCGUUUUGGAAUCGGUGGCCUGAUGCGGCGGUUAUGGCACUUCCAAGAUGCGAAUCCGAUCAUAAUCCUAUCAUACUGUCCACCAAUGUAAGUAAUUUCGGCGCUAUUCCUUUUAGAUUUUAUAACUCAUGGUUAGGGAGAGAGGGUUUGGUAGGGGUAGUAACUAAUGCAAUUAAUGGUGUGAAUUGUAUUGGGCCACUGGAUGUUGUUUUUGCUGAAAAGCUGAAACAUAUAAAAAGUGAUUUAAAGGCAUGGGUAAUUAGUGAACGUGACAAAGAAGAUUUGGUCAGUAAACAAUUAGAGUCUAAAAUACGGGUUUUGGAGGAAACAAUGGAACAAAGUAUCUUGAGCGAUACUGAAAAACAUUUAUGA